UCCAGUACCUUUUAAACUCCAGCAUAACCACCGCCCACACACGGAGGAGCAGACACCAACGGAGCUGCAGCGCUAGUGGGGCUACUUGCAGCUGCAGCAGCGUCCAAAAUCAAGAAACCAAGAUGAGACGGUUCGCCGGCGGCGCCGCGCUGGUGCUGCUCCUCUCCGUCGCCACUACCAGAUUGGCCGUCGCCGACUUCUUCUCCCCUCUCAGCCCACUCCUCGCCCCCGUCAUGGGGCCGGUAUGCAAGGCGGCAGCUUGCGGGAAGGGGAACUGCACGGAGACUUCGGGGCUGCCGGGGUACAUGUGCGACUGUGACCCCGGGUGGACGCAGAUGCACGUCGGCGACCACCUCAGGUUCCUGCCCUGCGUCAUCCCCAACUGUACCAUAAAUCGCUCGUGUUCUAAUGAUACUUCGGCACUAGCACCAGCGCCUUCGCCCAGAAAUUUCUCCCUCUCGCCAGAUGCUUGUGACUUUGCUUAUUGCGGAUCGGGGGGCACAUGCAAGAACGGCACCGGGCUCAGCUACCAUUGCGAGUGCAAGGAGGGCUUCAGCAAUGUUCUCAACAUGACCACAAUGCCUUGCUACCAAGACUGUUCCUAUGGAGCAGAUUGCGCGGCCCUUGGGAUCCUCCCAUCCUCAAACUCCACCGCAGCACCACCAGCUGGCUCCGCGAGCAAUGCACCUGCUUCAGCAUUUGCAGUAUCAGUUUCGCGGCAAAUUCUACUUCCUCUGAUGAUAUUGGCCUUGGUGGCGAUGAUGGGUCAGGCGACAUGAACAGAGGAUGAUUUUAUACCACGAUAGCACUAGAGAGAGCUUUUGUUCACGGAGUAGAGCUUUUAGCCUGCUAGAUAUGUGGAGUACUUUGUUGGUGUAGCACGCUGCUUCAGUAUUAUUGCACGUGAAGGUUCUUCUACUUGGGCAGUUGGUGGUCUGAUGUGCAAAUGGAAUAGCCUGUCUCCGUGUAUAAUAUAAUAUUCAUAAAUAAACCGAUUGCGUAUUUGAUCGUUGGUUGGCUGUAA